UAACUUCCAACCAAUGACUGUUUUAUUCAGUUUCCCAUUCCUAAUUAUUUUGAUUUUUCAUAUUUCUAUUUGUUUUUGUUCUCUCUUUCUUCAAUGGCAGCUCCUCCUCUUUCUUCUUCCACCAAUUGCUUUGUUGAGCCUGCCACAUCACCGAUCUUUGGCGGUGCUCGCAAAACAGGAAAAUUUUUUGAGCAGCCACAUUUGAGAAUUUUGCCAGCUUUAAGGAGAAGUCAAGGUUUCGCUUUAAAGGCUUCUAUGGGGUCUCCAGGAUUUACACAACAACUUAAUAAAAGCAAGCUAGAGACCUUAUCUAAAGCUGAAGACAGAUGUGAUAUAUUUGAUAUUCUGAAAAAUAGAUUUUUAAGUUUUAAGAGUAAAUAUAUUGAAAAUGUUGAACAGUUUGAAAAUCUUGCUAAGGCUCAAGCACCAAAGUUCAUGGUUAUUGCCUGUGCAGAUUCCAGGGUUUGCCCCUCGAAUAUUUUGGGAUUUCAACCAGGAGAAGCAUUCGUGAUUCGCAAUGUUGCUAAUUUGGUUCCCACCUUUGAGAGUGGACCCUCAGAAGUAAAUGCUGCAUUAGAGUUUGCUGUAAACACUCUUCAAGUAUGCAUCAUUUUGUUCCCUACUCUAGGAAUUCCUAAUCUUAUUCACUUUUUAGUUUGGGUUGAAAACAUCUUAGUCAUUGGCCACAGCUGCUGUGGAGGUAUACGAGCUCUUAUGAGUAUGGAAGACGAUGCCAAUGGAAGCUUUAUACACAAUUGGGUUAUUGUUGGGAAGAAUGCAAGAAAGAAAACUGAGGCUGCAGCUUCCACCCUCAGCUUUGAUGACAAGUGCAGGCAUUGUGAAAAGGAAUCAAUUAAUCACUCCUUAGUGAACCUACUAACUUAUCCAUGGAUAGAAGAAAAGGUGGCCAAUGGAAAACUUUAUGUUCAUGGUGGCUAUUAUGACUUCAUUAAAUGUUCAUUUGAGAAAUGGACAUUGGAUUACCAGGGAACCAAACUGGAGGAAGAUGGCAGAAUUGCUGCUAAAAACAAAGUUUUGUGGUGCUGAGAUUUUACACCUAUUUUCCCUGUGGAAUGUAUUCUUAUUUAUUGUCUUGAGUUUGUAUUAUUAGCAAUUUAAAAGCAUAGGCUAUGCAUUUGAUUACAAUUCAUAAAAUAUUGUAUUUUAAGUAGUUAGAACUUAUAAGAGACCCAUGGACCAUUGCAAAGCACGUGAAGGUUUAUCUGUGCAUUCUAAAUAAAGUCAUUAUCAGCCUUGGCCAUGUGAAGCAGUGAUGGAAUUUUUCUUAUUCACACAUUGUUGUCUGUUGAAGCUAAAUUGCUAACAA